GGGGUAUAUUUCAGCGAGUUCUCGAAGAAACAGAGGUAAAUCUGUAGGCAAGCGUGGUAUUUAUAUAGCUCUCUGUGUAAUAUAUAGACAUAGCAGCAUCAUGGAUGUAAGUAUCUACACCACCUCCCCUACUGUUUUCUGGUAGCAAUGGUGCUCCCCAUGGUGUUCUUGAGGGUGGCAUAUUGGGUCCUGCACCAACUUCUCGCCAUUUCUUGUUACAGAGUCGCUACAAAGAUCGGAUUCCCCGCGUUCCGCGCCUUUCCUCGUGCUCACUCGAACUUUCAGCACCCCCCACUCUCCAAGUGCCCUCCUCUUGAGCAGAGGCCCUCUCAAACUUUGGUCUGCGACAUUAAUGGAGGCCUUCUGAGAACCCCAUCUUUCUUCCCUUACUUCAUGCUUGUUGCAUUUGAGGCUGGGAGCAUUCUAAGGGCCUUCCUCUUGCUCAUAGCCUAUCCUUCCCUCUGGUUUAUGACCCAUGAGCUAGCAUUGAGAGUGAUGGUGUUUAUAUCUUUCUGUGGGCUUAGGCCUGAAGAUGUAUCGAUUGCUGGGAGGGCUGUUUUGCCCAAGUUUUUCCUGGAGAAUUUGCAUUUGCAGGCCUUGGACUUGUUGCAGUCUUGUGGGAAGAGGGUUGUUGUCACCAGUGUUCCAAGGGUUAUGGUGGAGCACUUCCUUGUGGAUUAUUUGGGGGUUGAUAGGGUUAUGGGGACUGAGUUACAGGUACUUGGUGGGUUCUUCACUGGUUUGGUGGCCAGAAAUGGGUUUUUGAAGAAACACAAGGCAUUGAAGGAGAUUUUUGAGGAGUGCAAGCCCGAUAUUGGUCUUGGAAGCUCUAACCUCCAUGACCACCUCUUCAUGUCUCUCUGCAAGGAAUCAUACAUUGUGGUGGGAAACAGAGAGUCGAAGACCCCUCGCUCCAAGUACCCGAAGCCCCUGGUGUUCCACGACGGACGCCUAGCCUUCACCCCCACCCCGCUCGCCUCCCUCGCAAUGUUCCUUUACCUCCCACUGGCACUGGCCCUCUCCAUCCUGCGCAUCCUCAUCGGCAUAUCACUCCCCUAUACCCUCGCACGUCCCCUCGGAGCCCUCACCGGAAUCCGCAUCAGGUUCCGGUCAAACGACAAACAACCCUCCUCCUCAUCGUCAUCUUCUUUAGUCUAUGUGUGCACGCAUCGCACCCUCCUCGAUCCCGUCUUCCUCAGCACUGUCCUCGGCCGCCCUUUGACAUCUGUCACAUACAGCCUGAGCCGCAUGUCCGAGCUGCUCGCUCCCCUGCACACCGUGCGACUGACCCGCGACAGGUCCCGGGACAGCGCCACCAUGCAGGCCCUUCUGCGGCAGGGGGACCUUGUGGUGUGCCCGGAGGGCACCACCUGCCGCGAGCCCUACUUGCUCAGGUUCAGUCCGCUCUUUGCCGAGCUUGAGCAUGACAUGGUUCCCGUGGCCUUGGAUGUGAGGGUUGGGUUCUUUUAUGGAACCACCGCCGGUGGGCUCAAGUCUUUGGAUUCCUUCUUCUUUCUCAUGAAUCCUUUCCCCUGUUACGAUGUGGAGGUGUUGGAAAGGGUUAGGGCCCAGGCCGGGAAUGGGGUGCAUGUUGCUAACAGGGUGCAGGCCCUGUUGGCCAACGCCCUGGACUUUGAAUGCACCAUGUUUACGAGAAGAGAUAAGUAUUUGAUGCUGGCUGGAAACCAAGGGGUUGUUGCUCAUUCACAUUAAUUAAUUAAUUGAAAAACAAAGGGAUUUAAUCCCUCCUCCCUUUCUCAAUUUUUUGUUGUUUUACUUGUUUUUCAGAAUAUAUUUAGUCUAUGGUUGUUGUUGCAGCAGCUAUUAGUGUGAUUACAAGGUUUCUGUUUUCUUUGAUUAGGGUUGAAUGGCAUUAGCCAUUUUUGUAAUUAACAAUAUUGAUUUAAGAGACAAAAGGGGUCGGGUCGUGGUGGUAGCCGCCCCACACUUAGGUACAUCGUGUCGCUUAUUUUGUUUUGUGUGCAUGUUUAGUAAAGUCU